AUACAUUAUCUUUUUGAUGCGUUGAUUAAGACAUUUAAUCUAAAUCCCACAGUACGUUCAACUCGACUGUCAAUAAUUUAUAAUCAUUUCUGAGUUAUCAGUCGAAGCAGACAAGUCUAUAUAAUAAUGAAUAAUAAUAAACUUGCAUCACCUCAUUUUGUUGUGGGUUCUAUCGUCAAAGGUUUUCAACGAGGAUCGAAAGAAUUAGGAAUUCCAACUGCAAAUUUACCUCAAGAGGUGAUCGAUGCUUUACCUACUGAACUUGAAUUAGGAGUUUAUUAUGGAUGGGCUUCGUUGAAUAAAAAGGAUAUUUAUAAAAUGGUUCUAAAUGUUGGAUGGAACCCAUUUUAUAAUAAUACAAAAAAAUCUCUGGAGGUACAUAUUCUCCAUAAAUUCCCCCAUGAUUUGUAUGGCCAAGAAAUCAGACUUGUUAUUUUGGGUUACAUAAGACCUGAGAUGAAUUUUUCCUGUGUUGAUGAUCUGAUAAGGGAAAUAAAAAACGAUAUUUCUAUCGCUGAUAAAGAACUAGAAAAACAGGAUGUUGGUGGUUAUAAGCAAAAUGUAUUUCUUAAAGGAAUAGAGCCUCAACAUUUAUAAUAAUUCAAACAACAUUUAGAAUAUAAUUUUACAUAUGUAUUGAAUUUGUAUGCAAAUCGACUAUACCUGUCGAUACUUGUGAUUCUUAUGUAAAAUAAUAAUUCUGCAAAAUAUAAUUCUAAUCAAUUUUA